UCGUCUCUCGUCUAACUCUCACUCAACCUUCGAACUUCUCCUCCCUCUCCCUCUCCUCCUCCUCUCCUCCCCCUUCACACCGCUGCUCUGUUCAGCAGCACCCUCUCAGCAGCACAGAGCUUCGCCCAGCUGAGCUCACCCUCCAACCCUCAACCCACUCUUUCCUUUUCCACUUCCGCCUCUCACCUCACCUCACCUCCUCUUCUUCUCCACCACGCCGCAAUCAUGGAUAAUAAUAUCGAUAACUUCGACGCCUUUUACGGCUUCGAUCCCUCCUACGAUCCCAACCGGCACCCGCUCUUCCUCAAUCACCACCAUCACCAGACCUGGCCGCUUCCACUCUCCCCAUCACAACAAAUGGCGUCCCACGACCCGAACGCGCAGCAAUCGUCGCAACAGCAACAUCACAAUAACCAGCACCAACGCAGGAUAAACACAGUGGCCGCCUCGACCGCUGCGACCUCGUUACCCACAACCACAAGUGCCAUUGCUCCGCUUCAGACGAGCGGCCUCGGAUUCUCCACCAGCCUGCAGACUGCGAAUCCCAUGCUCGCAGACUGGAUGGGCAUGCCACCGAACGCCUUCACUCACCAGGCGUACGGCCUCGACAUGACCAUGAACCCAUCUGACUUCACACAGUUCGGUGGACAACUACAGACCUCUCCAGUCGAGUUCCCUAUCAACACCACACAGGCCAUGUUGACCUCGAUGUCGAUGGACGCCCCGGCCUUCUCCAAUUUGAUGACCUCCGCAUCCAUGGGACUCGCCAAUAUGGCUGCGAUGACUUCGACACACUCAUCUGGUCUGGGUAUGGCCGACAUCAACCAGGAGAUCGAUAUCUUCCCAGGUAGUCACCAGGACUUCACCGGUACCACAAGCACUUCCUCCAACAGCGUCAAUCUCGACUCCCCUGGUGAGCAGUGGCUCGAGGUCCGAUCUCUCUCAAGCAGUGACAACGGCUGGACUGCUGUCGACUUUGGUGGCCACCGUAACUCAUACGACUUCACCCCAGAAUCGGCCAUCAUUUUCAACCCUGCACAGGCACUUCACAUCCGCACGAACUCAGACUCGUCCAACUCGAACCAAUCGGACGUUCCACGGUCAGCAGGAUCUUUCAGCAGCUUCGAGGAGAUCCAUUUCCCCAUGAACUCGCCCGGAUCCGAGAACGAUAACAGCCUCGAGCUUGUGCACUCCCACCACUCCCACUCGUCCAACUGCUAUCACGGCCUUGCUCAACCCGAUGCGGACCAGUAUGGCAACCAAAUCUCCCCGAAUCAGUCCGUUAGCCCCCCUGCCGCUCGCGUUGAGCCUGUGGUGGUCAAGCAAUCUACUUCCAACACCACUUCUCCUUCUUCUUCGGCUGUUAGCUCACCACCAACCCGCCGGAGGAAGAGCCCCACUACUGGUGCUAAGCCCGCGAAGACAAUCGUCAAGAAGACUCCGGCUCAUUCCACCAAGAAGGAUGUUGUAGGCGAGAAGCGAAUUGGCAGGAGACGAGGCCCUCUCCGACCCGACCAGCGACAGCAGGCUCACGAAAUCCGCAAACUCCGUGCUUGCCUCCGUUGCAAAUUCCUCAAGAAGACCUGUGACAAGGGCGAUCCGUGCGGUGGUUGCCAGCCAUCCCACGCGCGGCUGUGGCAGGUACCGUGCACGCGCAUUGACAUCAAGGACAUCGCGUAUUUCAUGAAGGACUGGAAGGCCGACUACGAACGUCACGUUAGCCUAGGAUUCUCCGUUGGCAACAUCAAGGGCUUCUCCCCCCAGGAACGACCAAUCUACGUUACCCACGGCUAUGGUCACUACCUCCCAAUCAUGGCCCGCGAGGUUUACGUUCGUGAUGAGAAGUGCUUUGGCGUUGACUGGGUCGAGACUCUCCACGGUCUCCACUUCGAGAUGAACACUGCCAAACUCUCUGCCGGCAUGGAGGGCAUCUCCCACAGCAUGCUCUCUGAUUAUCUCGACCGUCACAUUGAUGGUGGCUUUGAACAGUUUGUUGAUGAGUACUUCGAGGGCACCUACUUCCUCACCGAAUUGCUCAAGACUGCCUACCGCUUCUACUGCCGUGAGAAGCUUCCCGUCAUCCGCAAGGCUUUGAAGCUGGUCCUUGCCUACAACCUGACCUUGCACGUCACCAUGGUUGAGGGUCUUCCUGAUGAUGAGUGCAACCUCGGGAAGGUCGAUGACCAACAGUCCAAGUUCUGCGGCAAGACCAUCGCCCCUGUCAUGAUCAACUUCCAGGUCAAGUGUGCUCUUGCGGACAUGUGGCGUGAGCUCCAGAAGGAUGUCUUGGAGGAGCUUUCUGCACUCUACUCUUCUGUGUACAGCGGUGACAAGCUCAAGAACUGGCCAACUAUCUUCAUGCUUGCCGCUAUCCUUCUUGCGGUCUGGGAAUUGAUCCAGUUCGACUGCAACUACCGAGUCCCUGACCAGGCGGCCGUCAACAAGUUUACUGGCGAGAUGGAAGGCACGCCUGUCGGUGUCAUCGUUGGCCUCUUCUCUGCCAUCUCCCAGAAGCUCCCUGCUUUCACCGAGUGGGACACCCGAAAACACCACCAUCUCCUUAACUCCAAUCCAGCGGUGUGCGAUGCCAUGACUGAGGUCCGUGCACACGUCACCAAAUACGAGUCCUAUUUGAGGAGCAGGAGUGAUUGCAAGUUCGACCGAUCGGACUUCGAUUCGCUCUCGAACAAGUUCUUGUCGAAACUCGUCAUCCGUGCCAAUUAGAGGCUUAUUGCUCCUCUCCCAUUCUAUCUCUUUCUACUCUUCGAUAUAAUGGCUGCUUCCUUCUACCUUCCUUCUCAUGCCAGCAUCAUCGUCCGAAACGACAACCUGCAACCUUCCCCGGAUUUACGAUUCCACGGAUUACGCGUCUUUCACUUGCAGACCACGACCACAACUUUACGGCUGACGACCCUUACACAAAA